UACUUUCUCCUUCUCCUUCCCUUCUAAUAUCUAUCAAUUUUACACCUACUUCUCUCUCACCCACUCUUUCAACCUACCCUCUCUCUUCCCCCCCUCCCCUUUUAUUUAUUUCUCUCUCUCUCUUCCCUUCAUUUCCAGACAUAAUCUCCUUUCUUCUGUUAUGUUCUGUUAACAUCUCUCUCCAUUACAAGCUGCUUCAGACACAGGAAUUAACAGGUCCAAGAAUCAUGAUAUCUAUUGCUUCCCUUGAACUUGAACCUUCCAAGCCUGAAGUCUCUCCUCCUCACAAUUCUGAUGCCCAUAUUUUCAGAUCAAAAUUGCCUGACAUUCCCAUCUCUAACCACCUUUCUCUCCAUGCAUACUGCUUUGAGAAUCUCUUAAGUUUUGCUGAUAGGCCAUGUCUUAUUUCAGGCUCCACUGGCAAGACAUAUUCUUUUGCUGAAACCCACCUCGUAUCUCAGAAGUGUGCUGCUGGGUUGUCCAAUUUGGGCAUAAACAAAGGUGAUGUCGUCAUGAUUCUCCUACAAAAUUGUCCUGAAUUUGUCUUCUCUUUCAUGGGUGCUUCCAUGAUUGGUGCAGUCACCACCACUGCCAAUCCAUUUUAUACUUCAAAUGAAAUAUUCAAACAGUUUACUUCUUCUCGUGCCAAGCUGAUCAUUACGCAAUCUCAAUACGUUGAUAAGCUAAGAGAUUCCCAAGAAAACCAACCAAAACUCGGCCAAGAUUUUAAUGUUAUCACCAUUGAUGACCCACCUGAGAAUUGUCUUCAUUUCACGGUGCUUUCAGAGGCCAAGGAGAGCGAAAUCCCAGAUGUAACAAUCCACCCUGACGAUCCUGUUGCAUUGCCCUUCUCUUCAGGAACCACAGGGCUUCCUAAAGGAGUCAUAUUAACCCACAAGAGCUUGAUAACGAGUGUGGCUCAGCAAGUUGAUGGAGAGAACCCAAACUUAUACUUGAAACAAGAAGACGUUGUGUUGUGUGUUCUGCCUCUGUUUCAUAUAUAUUCACUCAACAGUGUUUUGCUCUGCUCGCUGAGAGCUGGGGCAGCGGUUUUGUUCAUGCAAAAAUUUGAGAUAGGAGCAUUGCUAGAGCUAAUUCAGAAGCAUAAGGUGUCGGUAGCAGCGGUGGUGCCACCGCUAGUGCUGGCGUUGGCAAAGAAUCCGAUGGUGGCAGGGUUCGACCUGAGCUCGAUCAGAGUGGUGCUGUCAGGGGCCGCGCCGCUGGGGAAAGAGCUGGAGGAUGCUCUACGGAGUAGGGUGCCACAGGCGAUAUUAGGACAGGGGUACGGCAUGACAGAGGCAGGGCCAGUGCUAUCAAUGUGCUUAGGAUUUGCAAAGCAGCCAUUUCCAACCAAGUCAGGUUCAUGUGGCACUGUGGUUAGAAAUGCAGAGCUCAAGGUCAUUGACCCUGAAACUGGCUGCUCCCUUGGCUACAACCAACCUGGUGAAAUUUGCAUUCGUGGGCAACAAAUUAUGAAAGGGUAUUUGAAUGAUCUGGAGGCCACAGCAAAUACCAUAGAUGUUGAAGGUUGGCUUCAUACUGGAGACAUUGGUUAUGUAGAUGAUGAUGAGGAGGUUUUCAUUGUUGAUAGAGUCAAGGAAAUUAUCAAAUUCAAAGGCUUCCAAGUGCCACCAGCAGAGCUUGAGGCCCUCCUGGUAAACCACCCAUCAAUUGCAGAUGCUGCUGUUGUCCCGCAAAAAGAUGAAGUUGCUGGAGAAGCUCCUGUUGCAUUUGUAGUUCCAUCAAAUGGGUUCGAGCUCACUGAGGAGGCCGUAAAAGAUUACAUAGCAAAACAGGUGGUGUUCUACAAGAAACUGCACAAAGUGUACUUUGUUCAUGCAAUUCCCAAGUCUCCCUCUGGAAAGAUAUUAAGGAAAGACAUCAAAGCCAAGCUGGCGUCAACCUCCUCAGUGUCUUAGAAUUUUUUUUCUUACUAGUUCUGUUAGGCAAGGUCCUUCUGUGGUUUGCUGGCACUAGACUACAAGAAACCCUCCCGUAAAUUUUCUAUUUUUCUUCUUCUAUUAUUAUUUUAUAUUUUCUAUUCGCAUGUGAUGUAAUUCUUUUCUAUAUGCACGGGAUGUAAUUUGAUGGCUAAGUUACCACUAGGUUCUUAAUAAGAGUGGGAAAACAAAUCGUGGAAUGAUUA